ACUUCUCUCUUCUCUCUCACCGCACUGCCGCCGCCUCUGCCUCUCACCUCCGCCGCCGCCCCAACACGCCUCACGCCGCCGCGUCCGUGCUCCGGCCUGUGCUCCGCCGCGCCCGUGCUCCGAAGGCGAUGCCAGGAACUGCAACCAUUGAUUUUCUAGGAAACUGUGCAGCAUGUUUCGUUAUGGAAUAAUAAGGAGUUCCAAAGCUUUGCUCAAAGCCUGUGGCCACCAUCUCCCUGCACUCAUUUACUUGUAGUGGACAAAAUACACCAAACAAUCUUCCCUGACGUUCCAAUCUUGCACAGUUAGUAUUUCUGUCGUCCGGGCACUUGUUUUGAGGAUCUGGCAAUUCAGUAAUUUGCUGCUUCUAGUUAUGAACCGAAGCAUUUCUUUCUUGCUGACAGUACGGGUGCUUCAAAAGUGUUGUAAAUUGCUUGGACCUGGAUCAUUGCCCGAAUAGGGUAAAAGCUGGGAAUAGAAGGUGUUGUGAUAAAUAUGCCUUUGUUUUCCAAGCUGUGAAAUGUAGUUUGACUUGAUCUUGUUUAACUUCACAACCACAUCACUCAUUGGGAUCCUUUCAUCAGGUGCAGCACUUGAACAAAGCAAGGCCAAAUCAAUUAUGGACGCUAGGCAGGUAUCCAAGAUGGUGAAGUUCCCAGGAGGUUUAUUUGCGUCUUGGAUACCAGUAUUAAGCUCCUCUUGUAUGCUACUGUCAACGACAUUUCUGAGUUGAUGUGGGAAUGCUUGACUAACCCACUCCCUCAAGCUGAUGUCACUGACAAACAUUGAAUCGGUCGGCCUUUUCCCCACGAAGACUUCAAGAAGAACGAUUCCAUAGCUGUAAACAUCAGUGGCUCGUGAUGCUUUUCCUGUUGAUCCGAACUCUGUUCAAUCCAUGUCAGAAGAAAGCUGGUUACCUUAAAUAAGUAUAAUAAUGCAUAUAGCGUCAUGCAUUGCAAGAGGAACUAAAAAAAAUACCUGGAGCCAUGUAUCCUACAGUUCCGGGCAUGCUUGUUAAUGUGAUGGAGUUGUCAUCUCCAACUAGCAACUUGGAAAUGCCGAAGUCAGAAACAUGUGCAAUCAUGUCCUUGUCAAGCAAGAUAUUGCUUGGCUUCAAAUCACAAUGCAGGACAGCUUCAAAAUGUUGGUGAUGCAGAUACUCCAGUGCCAUUGCAACAUCCAGCAUGAUUGCAAACCUUUGGAGGAAACUGAGUUGCCUCCCACUAUUCGAGUACAACCAAUCAUCCAAGCUACCAUGCGGCAUAUACUCAAGAAUUAGUGCUUUGAAGUCAAGAUUGGAACAAGUGCUAAUUAUCUUCACCAGAUUCCGAUGCCGAGCCAUUCGAAGUGCACUGCAUUCUUUGUCAAAACUCUUGGAAGCUGAUUCGUGCUGCAUGUUUAGUACCUUCACUGCUAUCAAAGAUCCAUUAUCUAGCUCGCCUUUGAAGACCUUACCAAAGCUUCCUUUCCCUAGCAAGUUGUCAUCAGUGAAGUUGCUGGUUGCACGAACAAGUUCAUAGUAUGAGAUCAGCUGAUAGUUCUGCAAGCCUGUGUCUGAGGGUACUAGUAUCUUUCUUCGGUUGUUCACCUUCAUUCUUACCAACAUAUACAAGGACACAGAUAAAGCAAAAAAUGCCAGGAGCGAAGGCGAGGAAGGCCACACAGCGCAUUGUUCCCCAUUAAUGAUUUGAGUGUGAUAUUUGAGAACACUCCUCCUUCUGGUAUCUGUCCAUCCAAUCUGUUAAAAGAAAGGUUCAAGUUGGCAAGGUAAGUGAGAUUGGUCAAGGAUUUUGGGAUGGCACCGGAGAGUGCAUUGGAGGAUAGGUCCAAUUCCUGGAUAUUAAGUAUAUUGCUGAAUGAACCUGGUAUUGAUCCUUGGAAUAAAUUUCUGGACAGAUUGAGAUAUAUCAUCAUGUGGAGUUCACCAAAGGAGACUGGGAUGUCACCUGACAGCUUGUUUCCUGAUAAAUCCAUCAUGGUAAUUGCUGUCAAUUUUCCAACAUCAGCAGGCAGGAACCCACUUAAAGAGUUCUGUGACAAGUCAAGCUCAAUAAGUUUCUGAAGAUCCCACAGACUUGUUGGUAUGGUUGAAGACAAUGAGUUUUGGGAUAACGUCAUAAUUUGCAGCUGGCUUAGGCUACUGAUAUUGCUUGGAAUGGGACCGGUUAGUUUAUUGUUGUCAAGACGUAAACGAACUAGGUUUGUUAAUCCACUGAUUUCUUCUGGGAUGGUGCCAGACAAGCUGUUGUUGGAGAGGUCCAAUUCUUGGAGACUGUUCAUGUCAGUGAUUGGUGUAGGGAUCUUCCCACUCAGGUUGUUUCCACUAAGAGACAGUACUGAUAAGCUGGUAAGGUUAGCAAAUGUACCAGGGAUGCUUCCAUUGAUGUUGUUGUUACCUGCUUGCAAAAUUUCUAGGAGCGUGCUAUGGUUUCCAAUUGAAGUUGGUAGCAUCCCUGUGAACUCAUUAUUUGAAAUGACAAUGGUAGUCAGGCUUCUGCAAUUGGAUAAUGCAGCUAGGAAAUCUAGAUUCCCAGAGAGACGGUUCCCAUCAACAAAGAUGCGACCGAGAUUCAGCAAGUUGCUAAAUGACAUUGGCACUGAUCCUGUCAAUCUGCUUCUAGAUACGUCUAUUUGGGUAAGGUCCGAUAGAUUGCCUAUGGAUUCUGGAAUGGCACCGGUUAGUUGGUUGUUUGCAAGACCUAGAAACUGGAGGUUUGUCAACUGUCCCAGUUCUGGUGGAAUCCCCCCUUGUAGAUUGUUUUCACUGAGGUCCAACACAACAAGCAUGGUAUUGUUGCUCAGCUCAACUGGGAUCAUUCCAGUCAGGUUAUUCAUUGACAAGGCUAUUGCAGUAAGGUUUGGAAGUGUUGCCAGCCAUGACGGCACAGGGCCAGUGAAACUGUUCGCAGCAACGUACAGUGAGUCAAGGUUCUUGCAUGCAGAGAGUCCUACAGGGAUUGGCCCGCUGAAAUGGUUUUCUUGGAGAGACAGCAUUUGCAGCAGAGGGAGGUGAAAGCUCCCAUUUCCAGGAAUGGGACCUGAGAGAUUGUUCCGUCCGACAUACAGUGCUUGGAGCUGCGAACUAUUAAACAAAGAAGGCGGCAUGGAGCCCGAGAGGAGGUUUUUUUCUAUGGUGAGCACCUCCAGCUUUAGCAAUGAGCUGACGCUAUCAGGAAUUGCUCCCGUCAAGCUAUUCGAGCCAAGAUAUAUUUCACUCAGAUCGGGUGUGCUGUUGAACAGGCUCUGUGGGAUCGGUCCGCUUAGAUCAUUGUAAGCAAGAUCGAGAACCUCGAGCCUAGUGAUGUUGCCAAGGCUGGGAGGGAUGGUACCUGACAGUCUGUUGUGUGAUAGAUCAAGGGUCUGAAGCCAGGGCAGACUGCCGAGCUCGUCUGGCAGGGGACCCAUGACGCUGGUGUUGCUGAGGACAAGGGUCGAGAGGAAAGAGAGGUUACCGAGCUGUGGCGUGAUGCUGCCCUGGAGCGGCACGUCGCUGAACUCGAGGCCAGUGACGCGUUGCCUGCUGUCACAGGAGACCCCCGCCCACGAGCAGAAUGAUGCAGUAGCAGUCCAGUUGCUGGCAAGGAUGCCAAGGGGGUCCUUGAGCAUUGCUUUGAAGGCGAGCAGCGCAGCAAGGUCUGUGGCACUGGAUGGUGGUGGGGUGAGUGCGGUGGCGCUGCGUGCUGCGGCGACGGCGAGCAAGAUGAGUACCAUGCGGACGCGGACGAAGAAGGCCAUUUUGGUGAGAGUCUAUGAGUAUGAUUGACAGAAUAUGGAUGUGGUGACGACUUGACUGCUGCUCUUAUAAGCAGCUUUGGACGUCCAGUUGGCUCAAGUGGUUGGAAACGUAGAGCGAUCUGAAGCCGAUUUGUGUUGAAUAUGGUCAGCAAGCUGUUUCCUUUUCUUACUCACAGAGUCACAGGCUGCUGCUUCUUGGAAAUAACGACUUCGUUCUUCGAAGGAACUGCUUUCAGACGUACCAACUGGCGAGCAACUUGUGCUAAAUUAAGCUCUUUAUUCUACCCGCACAUUGGAUUUGUGUGGAUUUGGUACAAAGAAGUCCAUGUAUGGGCUUUAGUUUGGAGGGUUUUUUUUUUUCAUUUAGAAACUACCUGUGUGGCUCCUCUCCUUUGACUACUUUCAGCGCUAAAAAAUGGAUGGAAAAAAUCUUCU